AUGGCUCAAAGAAAUUUAAUUGUUUCUAUCCAUUCCGAAGGAUCACUUUUCACAGAUUCAAGUGAGGGAUUCUCAUUUUGUAAUACGAAUGUAACUAUGUUCAAAAUCCACAUCAACUCUGACUAUCAUCAUUUAAAAGACCGUAUUGAAAAGAAGUUGCAACGUUAUGUUGAAGACAUCAUUUAUCGUCAACCAUUAUUUAAGGGAGAUGAUAAUACCGUCUUUCACAUAAUGACACCGAUUAAGACCGACGAAGAUGUCAGGUCGAUGUUUCAAUGUCAUGUAACAUUAUCUCAAUUACCCAACAUUGAGAUAUAUGUUCGUCUAGUCGAUAAUCUUGAAGAACAACCGAGUGACAAUGUUGAGGAACAACCGUCUCACAACGAAAAUCACUGUUAUCCAACGCAAUUUGUACAGUCACACGAUUAUGGAAUGAGUCAAGCCAUUGACGAAGAGCCGACUCAAAAUAAUGAACCUUUCAUACCAAAUGAAGAGGUGGGCGAGAAUAGUGAGGAUGAUCUUGAGGAGGUUCGAUUUGAAGAUCUUUUUGGUGUUAGCGGUGACGAUGGCAAUGAGGAAAUAUUAGACACAUCGGCUGUUGCACUAAGAGCGCAACCAAUUAGUUUGUACAACCCACAUGCGCACAUGCAAAAUAUAAGUUUGGAUGAUGCCGAACCAAUCUCCGUUUUCGGCAGUUUCAUACCAACUCACAACUUUGACGAAAUAGAGGAGGGCAUAGAGUAUGAAGAUAAGGAAGAGUGUCUUCUGGCGUUGCAACAAUGGCAUAUAAAACGUAGUCUAGAUUUUUCUGUGGUUAAAUCUGACAGUGUACGUUUUGUCAUCAAAUGUAGAAAUUCAACAUGCAAUUUCAAAUGCAGGGUCUCUUUGCGCAAGGGCAACUCAAGGUGGAGAGUUGGUAAGUCUAGUGGGCCUCAUACGUGCACAACCACUUCCAUGUCACAAGACCAUACAAAACUCAGUUCAGAAAUGAUUAGCAAGAGCAUAAUGGAGCUUGUAAAUCGGGACACUUCUCUUAAGGUGAAGGUUAUCAUUGCUCAUGUUGUUGAGAGAUACCGGUAUAUCAUAUCAUACAAAAAGGCAUGGAUUGCAAAGUGUAAGGCGAUUGAGUCGCUCUAUGGAAAUUGGGAGACAUCUUACAAUGAUCUUCCGCAGUGGAUACUGGUAAUGAAAACAUAUCUGCCAGGUACCAUUAUAGAAUUACAAACCCUACCUGUGAUUUCAAAUGAUGGUUCAUACUUGGGUGACCAAAGGAUAUUUCAUCGUCUGUUUUGGGCGUUUAGACCAUGUAUACGUGGCUUCACGUAUUGUAAACCAAUUGUGCAGGUUGAUGGAACUUGGUUGUAUGGCAAGUACAGAGGGACUCUGCUGAUGGCUGUGGCACAGGAUGGGAACGGGAACAUAUUUCCGAUAGCGUUCGCAUUGGUUGAAAGUGAGACAAAGGAAGCCUGA